AUGAAAAGAAGAGCAGAUGCAACAUAUUCACCUCUGCCGGGGACAAAGAGGCGGGUCAAUGAAAGCAGCUCAGAUGAAGAGUCAUUAUCUAGACAAGACUCGAGCCAAAAUGACUCCCUCAGUGACCAGGAGGAUCACAGGCCGAGCUUCUCUAUGCCGUCCAUAUCAGCAUCCUCCUUUGAUGCCCAAGACAAUGACGACUCCGCUCAGAACCCCUCAAAGUUCUCCAUGUACAACAGCGUGUCGCAGAAGCUCAUGGCAAAAAUGGGCUUUAGAGAAGGAGAAGGUCUGGGUAAGUUCAGCCAGGGGCGCAAAGAGAUCGUAGAGGCUUCUACCCAGCGUGGAAGGAGGGGCUUGGGGCUCACGCUGCAGGGUUUCCAGGGAGAACUCAAUGUUGACUGGCAGGAUGAACCAGAGCCCAGUGCAACUGAGAAGGUCGACUGGUUUCCAGAAUGCACCACAGAGAUCCCAGAUGCAGAUGAGCUGAGGGACUGGUUGAUUCCGGGACCGAGAAAACUAAAGAUUGAGGAUGAAACAGAGUUUUGUACAGAAGAUCUUCUUCACACGCUUCUACGGUGCAAGACGGUGUUUGAUGAUCUGGAGGGCGAGGAGAUGAGGAGAGCCCGAACACGCUCAAACCCUUAUGAGACGAUCAGAGGAGGAAUCUUUCUCAACAGAGCAGCCAUGAAAAUGGCCAACAUCGAUCACUGCUUUGACUACAUGUUCACUAAUCCAAAGGAUUCUCAAGGGAAAUCCCGGAUGAAGGACCACGAGGGCGAGCUUCUGUACUUUGGCGACGUCUGUGCCGGGCCCGGUGGCUUUUCAGAGUACAUCCUGUGGAGGAAACGCUGGCACGCUAAAGGCUUCGGGAUGACGCUGAGAGGGCCGUGCGAUUUCAAACUGGAGGAUUUCUACGCAGCGCCCAGCGAGUUGUUUGAGCCUUACUAUGGUGAGGGUGGAGUGGACGGGGAUGGCGACAUUACUCUGCCUGAAAACGUGACCGCGUUUCGUAACUUUGUCAUGGAGAACACAGACAGAAGAGGGCUGCAUUUCCUCAUGGCAGACGGGGGUUUCUCUGUGGAGGGCCAGGAGAACAUCCAGGAGAUUCUCACCAAGCAGCUGCUGCUCUGUCAAUUCCUCACUGCCCUCUCCACUCUCAGGACAGGUGGACAUUUUGUAUGUAAAACCUUUGACCUCUUCACUCCUUUCAGCGUGGGUUUGGUGUACCUGCUCUACCUCUGCUUCGACAGGAUCUCUCUCUUCAAACCCGUCACCAGCAGGCCAGCCAACUCUGAGAGGUACAUCGUGUGCCGCGGUCUGAAACCAGGUUCGGAUGCGGUCAGAGAGUACAUGUUCAAAAUCAACCUGAAGCUGAACCAGUUCAGGAACAAAGACACUGAUGUUACAGAGGUGGUUCCACUGAGCAUCAUAAAGGACGACACAGACUUCUUCCAGUUCAUGGUCAACUCCAAUGAGAGCCUCUGUGUAGUCCAGAUCAAGGCCUUGGCAAAGAUCCACGCUUUCGUCGUGGACCCGGCGCUCUCAGAGCCGAGACAAGCUGACAUCAGGAAGGAGUGCUUAAAGCUUUGGGGGGUACCAGACAAGGCCAGAGUCGCUCCUUCUUCAUCCGACCCAAAAAACAAAUUCUAUGAGCUGACAAAGAACUCAGAUGUUGAUGCGUUCCAGAGCAAGAUUACUCCUCUAGACUCCAAGACGCUCGCUAAGCUGCGACAAAUCUUUGACUACAGGUGCAUUGUGGGAGGUGGAGAGCAGAUCUUCCUGCUUGCAUUGGGGAAGUCUCAGAUAUACACGUGGGACGGGAAAAUGCCCCUGCGCUGGAAGAAAAUGGAAAAUUUUAAGCUGGAGUUGCCAAGGGAAACACUCCUCAGUGUGGAGAUCGUUCAAGAACUGAAAGGGGAGGGUAAAGCUCAGCGCAGAAUCAGUGCUGUCCAUGUAAUGGAUGCACUGAUUCUUAAUGGUACUGAUGUAAGAGAUCAGCACUUCAACCAGCGAAUCCAGAUGGCUGAGAAGUUUGUGAAGGCGGUGGCAAAACCCAGCAGAACAGACAUGAACCCAAUCAGAGUCAAGGAAGUUUACAGACUAGAGGAAAUGGAGAAAAUCUUUGUCAGACUAGAGAUGAAGAUGACCAAGAGCUCAGGAGGCGUCCCUCGUCUGUCCUACACCGGCAGAGAUGACAGGCACUUCCUUCCCACAGGCCUCUAUAUCAUUAAAACUGUCAAUGAGCCGUGGAUGAUGGCAUUCAGCAAAAACUCAAACAAGAAGUUUUUCUAUAACAAGUUAACCAAGGAAUCGACUUAUGAGAUGCCACCAAAUGCUGCUGCUCCUUUCCGCGUCUGUCACUCUGAGCGACUCUUCUGGGCCUGGGUGGAAGGGGUCAUCGUCCACGAUUCUCAGACCCGAACAGACCCAGAGAAACUGUCCAAAGAUGAAUUUUUAACCUUCAUCCAUCAACAUCACCAGUACAGAAUACAGUAAUGAACCUUCAAGAUCUUCGUCAGCUGCAGACCGUCCUCUGAGGCACAAAGUGAUGGAGCGCCUUGGAAAAGGCCGUGUGAUCCAUUGAUCAUUAUUUAUUUGACGAUAAAGUCUUCAGAUUAUAAAACGUUUUUUUAUGUGGCCACUCAACUUAUUGUUCAUUCAUUAAACUGCUUUAAGACCACUAUCAAGCUCCUUGCUUUGAUGACUUUCAGGGAAGUUUUUUUUAACUGAAGGUAUGAAUUAUUGGCUGUCCUUUGAACCAGUUUGCUUCCUCAUUAUUUCCUACCCCCUCAGUGAACUACACUGAAUCAUACUGUCUUACACAACAAUAUGGAGACAAUGAAAAUGAUGCUUUUUUUUACCAUGCUUUGACCUCUCCUGUGCAUCUGUGUUUUCUCAACUUCUUGAUGGGUGAUAUACUUUGCUGUGCUUUCAUACAUCACUUUACCAAUGAUGGGAUUAAACUAUGCAUCAGUGUCUAUAUGGUCAGUGUAGCCUUCUUAAGAACUGCUAUAAUGCCAUGACUCGUCUUCUUCACAGAAGAUGAAGCUGGAUACUAAAACCAGCCGCAGCUCUGCUUUUCCCUCACUUUUUUACAGCCUGGUUGUAGCAGCGCACUGUGUGUGUGGCCUAAAACUCUGUUUUUAAGUUUGAUUUCCUUUGCUUUUUGUGCCUGACAAUUUUUGUAAAUGCUGCAAUGUAUUUAUUUUUCUGUUGAGUGAAAUCUCAAGCUAUUAGAUGUAAAUAGUAGCGAAUAAAGGGAUGACACUGUUGCCACACAUUGGUGAAACUAGAUUAAAGUCAGAUAAUCAAAGAUA